UUUAAGUGUAUAAAUUUAUAAGAACUAAAAUAGUUUAAGAAUAGAUAAAGAAACUACAUUUUUAACUUGCAGCUAUGAGAAACGAUACAUAUUAAAUAUCCUCCUGGGACCUAGCGUCCAUUUAAAUGGACAUGCCAGUUUUAUGUUUCCAGUUUCGUUAAUUUAUUAUUUAAGCAGCUUAGACCUCGCAUCCACUAGGUUGGACACUUCGGUGCUGCCGCCCAGUCCGAUUCGGUCGACUUUAAUUGUGCACAUGUGCUGGGAAUCAAUUGUUUGUUUUCUGUUGUGAUGGCGGCUGCACGUGGUUCUCGUUAUGAUGGAAUUUUUGGCAAUCAAAGAGUGCUUCGGCCAGGGGAAGAUGACGAAAAAUUGGAGCAAAUACUAAAAAUGACUCUGAUAUUAAAAUGUCUGAUGAUGAAAAAGAAAUUCGAACUAUGGAUAAUUUAAUGGGGAAAGAAGAAGAAAUAAUUAAUGAAGAACUAGUAAGCAGCAGUGAGGAGGAAGAAGAAGAAGAAGAUAGAAUUCCUCUUAGUGUCCUGAGAGGAAACUUAAAAAUGGCCAAGCAAUCUGUGGAUCCUUUAAAGCGAAAGUCUUGGAGAAGAGAUGAUACUUUUGCACCUCCAAAUUUUAAAGGCCCCUCUAGUGAAUGCAGCGCAGAGCUCCGGUAUGAUUGGACUGCAAAAUCGUAUUUAGCCAUGUACUUUGAAGAUGAGUUAUUCCAAAAAAUGUGUGAUUGCACAAAUGCAAGGUACAUUGAACUUAAAGGAGUAUCUCUUAAAUUAACUUUUAAUAAGAUUAAACAUUUUUUUGGAAUAGUUUGUUUGAUGUCCUGUCUAAAAUAUCCCAAAAUCAGAAUGUACUGGGCAAAAACCACUAAAGUUUUAGCUAUUGCAGAUACAAUGACUCGAGAUAGAUUUUUUGCUAUAAGAAGUAACCUUAAAAUCGUCAUUGAUGGCAGCAUCGCUGAAGAGGUAUGCAGGUCUGACAAAAAUACAACUUCUCGAAUAUCUUCGUUAACAAGAGAAAUAUUGUACUGGAACCAUUAUGAAAUCUCGUGUACCAGCGGCAGCAAAUUUAACUUCGGAAAAAAUGAUGGCCAAGAUAGGUAAAGGCAGCUCGGAACAAAUUGUAAGAAAAGAUGGCGAAAUAGUAGUUGUACAAUGGUAUGAUCUGAAAUCUGUACUUUUGGCAUCUACUGCCUAGGAAUUCAAUCUAGCGAUGAGUGUAAAAGGUGGUCUAAGAAAGACUCUAAAUACAUUCAGGUUAAAAGACCUUACGUUGUUGCUAAAUACAACGAUUGUAUGGGAGGAAUAGACUUGAUAGACCGAAUGAUUAGUUAUUAUAGAAUUCGAGCCAGAUCAAAAAAAUGGACUGUAAGGGUCAUUUUCCAUUUCUUUGAUCUAGCAAUGGCUAACUCACGGAUUUUUUAUCGAAGAGAUAAAAAAAUAUUUAAAAUCCCUCCACGCAAAAUACAACAAUAUUUAGAUUUUAAAAUCGAAAUUGCAACUCAACUUUUGACAAAUACACCCAACCCACAAAGUGAAUCUCAAGAAAACAUCCGAGGUGUAGGUACUAGAAGAAAUCCUGAGGGAAACAUCUUCACCGUCAUCGUCAUUAGGCACCGAAAGAAAACGGAAACAACAGUUUCCAGAAAUUGCCACAGACUUAAAAAAUUCGGUUAGAUGUAAAAAUGACUCUUGUGCCAUGCCAAUACACGCAACACAUUUUUGUGCAUUACUGGCAACAGAAACUGUUUCAUGGAGUUCCAUAGCAAAUAAAUUUAAUAAUACCCCGUAUCUCGUAAACCAUAAGUCGAAACGUCGACAUUUAGGUAAACAGGUUUCUGUUUUAUUUCUGACCCCACCCAACAACCCUCCGCAAAAAUUAAUUUAAGUUUACAUUUAUUUUCUGCGUUUUCAUAGGUUUAGAUUGAAAUGUUAUUGAAAAAAAAAUUAUAUAUUAGGAAUUUUUGUUUAGGUUAAGAUCAAAUGUCCAUUUUAAUGGACGUCAUGUAUCUGUCAAAGUAGGAAAAAAAAUAAAAAAAGUUAUUAG